UCGGUUCUCGUCGGUGCGACCGCCUUCCACAGGUACUCCUUGCGAAGGUUCCGUUCGUCGUCAGGGUCGCGCGUGUUGUUCGUCAGGUCGCGGCGCCAUGGCGGCCGGCCUCCUCUUCCUACUCCUCUUCGCCUUCGCUCCACCUGUGUGGCCGUUCGGAAACCAGGGUCCGAGUUUUGUGCGUGAGCCGGCGUCCAGGGUGGACUUUUCGAACAGCACGGGGGUGCGGAUCGACUGCUCGGCGCAAGGUAGUCCUGCGCCCGUCAUCAACUGGCUGUCGGGCGAGGGCAAACCGAUCGUGUCCAUCCCGGGCACGCGCGAGAUCUUCAGCAACGGCAGCCUCUACUUCCUGCCCUUCCAGCCCAGCACCUUCCGGCCGGACGUGCACACCAACACCUACAAGUGCACCGCCGCCAACAACGUUGGCAAGAUUGUCAGCCGCGAGGUCAAAGUCAGGGCAGUUGUGAUUCAACACUACGAGGUGCAGGCGAUCAGCGUGGGUGGAAUGCGCGGCAUCCCGAGGGGCGGCACAGCAUUCCUGCGGUGUCAGGUGCCCAACGCCGUCAAGGACUACGUGUCGGUCACGUCCUGGUUUCAAGACGGCACCUUCAACAUUUAUCCGUCCAAGGAGGGAGAUGGAAAAUACUACAUGCUGCCGUCGGGCGAGUUGCUGAUUUUAAAAAUCAACGACACUGACCGGUACCGGACAUACCAGUGCAGAGCGGUGAACCACCUUUCGGGGGCCACGCAGCUCAGCGUUGGUCGCGGCGCCAAAAUCACCAUAUCAGAUUCAAGAAUGCCUAGUGCGCCUCGGGCCGUGGACAAAAUGGCUGUGGUGACGGCGAAAAAGGACCAGGCCGCCGUCCUGCCGUGCAUCACCGAGGGAAACCCCCAGCCAACGGUCAGUUGGUUUCGUCAGCUGGACCGGUCGGGACACUUGCAGUCGCAGCUGCGGCCGAUCGGCGUGGACGAGCGAGUCAAGGUGGUGGCGGACGGGCAGUGCCUGUCGUUGCUGCACGUGCAGCCCGAGGACGGCGGCAAGUACGUGUGCGUGGCCAACAACAGCGCCGGCAGCACCAAAAUCGAAAUCACGCUCGCCGUCACUUGGCCCCUCAGCGUCUCCGUCCAGCCGCCGCACGCCACCGUCGACAUGGGCAACAGGGCUCAGCUAUCAUGCACAAAUUUAAAUGACGCCCCGUCCACCGCGUUGAUCACGUGGUCCAAGGACGGUCAACCCCUGCAGAUGAACGGCCGUGUUGCCAUCCAGGAUCAGGGCAAGGUUUUGCUGGUGGAAAACGUGCAGCGAGAGGACUCGGGGAUGUACCAGUGCCUCAUCAGGACGGACGACGACAGCGCCCAGGGCACCGCCGAAAUCAGACUCGGAGCUGCGCACCCGCAGUUGGUGUACAAGUUCAUCAGGCAGACCCUGCAGCCAGGGCCGCCGGUGUCCCUGAAAUGCAUCGCCACUGGAAAUCCUACGCCGCAACUCAGGUGGACCUUGGAUGGAUUUCCUCUGCCUCAAUCAGAAAGGUUCGUGAUGGGUCAAUACGUGACGAUCCACGGCGACGUGAUAAGCCACGUGAACAUCAGCACGGUGCAAGUUGAGGACGGCGGCAACUAUCAGUGCACGGCCAGAAACAAAGUGGGCGAAGUGUCGCAUUCUGCUGACUUGAGGAUUUACGGGCGGCCGUCGAUUCGCAGGAUGCCCGACGUGUCGGCCGUGGCCGGCGAGCCGUUAUUUAUCACCUGCCCCGUGGCCGGCUACCCCAUUGAUACCAUCACGUGGGAGAAAGGCGAACGCAAGUUGCCGCUCAACCGACGGCAGCACGUCUUCACCAACGGCACCCUGCUCAUCGACAACGUGCAGCGCGCCGGCGACCACGGCCUCUACACGUGCACGGCCACCAACAAACAGGGACUGGCCGCCUCCCAGGCCGUCUCCCUCAGCGUCAUCGUGCCUCCGAGGAUUGCGCCGUUCGAUUUCCAGACGGACCUGCACGUCGGCGACCGCGCCGGGGUGCAGUGUUUUGUGACCAAAGGUGACCUGCCCCUGGAGAUCAGGUGGCAGCACGACGGCGAGGACCUUGGCGGCAACCCCAAGCCUGGGGUCGUCGUCAGCCAGCUGAGCUCCUUCACCAGCUCGUUGUCGUUCGACAUCCUCGGCCCGGAACACGCCGGGAACUACACCUGCGUGGCCAGAAACAACGCUGCCGAAACCAGGCACUCCUCCCAACUGCUCGUCAACGUGCCGCCGAGGUGGCUCAGGGAGCCCAAAGACCGAAAUGUGACUCGCGACAACCCGGUGCAGUUCGACUGCCAGGCCGAGGGUUUCCCUACGCCCACGGUCGUCUGGAGGAAAUUGAUCGGUCAGCAGCCGAUCGAGUACCAAGACCUGACGGUGCGGAGCCGCGGAAUCCAGCUGUUCGCGAACGGCACUCUGCUCAUCAGACAGGCUUUCCGGGAUCAGCAGGGCCAGUACAUGUGUGAAGCAACAAACGGCGUUGGCGCCGGCCUAAGCUCGGUCGUGCUCCUCACCGUCCACGUGCCGCCGGAAUUCGAGGUGAAAUCGUCGCAGACGAGCGUGCGGCGCGGUGCGGGGGUGACGCUGAGGUGCGAACCCAAGGGCGACGGACCCAUGAGCAUCGUGUGGCAACGCGAGGGCGGAAGAGUCAUUUCGCCGGCGGACCCCAGGUACCACAUCAAAGAAAGCAUCGCAAAAGUCGGUUUCCUUUCUGAGCUGACGAUCGCCAACACGCUUAAGUCGGACAGCGACACUCUGACCUGCGUGGCCAGCAAUCCUUUCGGCCGCGACCUGCGGAUGUUCCACCUUCUUGUGCAGGACGCGCCAGGGCGGCCGUUGGACGUCCGAGUCAUCGAGUCGGACAGCAGGAGUGUCCGGGUAGGGUGGUUGGCGCCCAAUGACGACAGGACACCCAUUCUCCAGUACGUCGUCCAGUAUCACCAAGACACGGGAACAGGCAACACAGGUUGGGAUGGUCCAGUGCUGCAGAGCGCCUCGGUGUCCGGCACGUCGAUGGCCGCCCUGAUUGCAGGUCUGAUGCCCGCCACAACCUACAGGGUGCGCGUUUUGGCCGAAAACGAGCAGGGCCCUGGCGAACCGAGUGAACCCCUUUUGGUCAGGACGGACAGCGAACCGCCGGCGGCCGCUCCGCAGAACGUUGUCGCUGACUCGACCUCUUCAACGGAGGUCAGGGUCACCUGGCUGCCCCCACCGAAGGCUCUCUGGCACGGUGACCUGCUGGGUUUUUACGUUGGAUACAGAGAAUCAGGUAUUUUCAUCUCCAGCUUGGGUCGAGCGACUGGCUACAAUUUCACGACGGUGCCAUUCCGAGGUGUCGAAAAUGCCAAUCCGCAAACUCUGCUGACCCUGAUGGACCUGAAGAAGUACCACAAGUACGGUGUGGUGGUCCAGGCCUUUAAUGAAAAGGGCCCAGGACCUCUCUCCACUGAGGUUGUGGUCCAAACCUUUGAAGAUGUUCCGAGUGCUGCGCCGCUGGAAAUUCGAUGCGACCCCCGAAGUUCUCAGGGUUUGUCCAUCAGUUGGCAGCCACCACCACACUAUGGGCAGAACGGAAUCAUCCAAGGCUACAAGGUUCAAUACGAAAACAUGAAGGAAAACGUCCAAGGUCAAGUGGAGGCCGAGACAAAGGUCACCGUCGAGUUGAACACGGAAUUGCAUGGCCUGCAGAAAUUUGCCAAUUACAGCGUCAGGGUUUGGGCUUACACCAGGAUAGGUGACGGUGAGAAAAGCAACCCUAUUUUCUGCAGAACCGAUGAAGAUGUUCCUGAGUCUCCAGACGAAAUUAAGGUGGUUCCAUCGUCGUUGUCAUCCCUGAUCGUGAGCUGGCUGCCACCUUCGAGGCCCAACGGCCAGAUCGCCAGUUACAAGGUGUACAUGCGCACCCUGGAAGGUGGCAAGGAGCGGACGACUGUGGUCAAACCAGUGCCUUCAACCAUGUCGCACCUCGAGUUCUCCGGGCUGAAGCGCAAGGAGGCGUACGAAUUCUGGGUCACGGGCCAGACAAAGGUCGGUGAAGGUCAGGGCACGCGAAAGGUGCACUCGGUGAUCACGUCUCGAACGCCGGCGGCCAUCGUCUCCUUCGGCAACAGCGUGCUCACCGUCAAGAAGCACAAGGUGCAGUUGCCCUGCGUCAUUGUCGGCAUCCCUGAACCUGAGAGGACCUGGAUGGGCCCAAACACGGCCCCAGUCAUGACCAGUGAAAGGGUCAGCGUCCAGAGCGACGGCACUUUGCUCAUCGUUGAGGCGCAGAAGAGCGACGAGGGCACCUACACUUGUGUCGCCAGGAAUGAGGAGGGCACUGACCAGAUCAACUUCCAGGUCAAAGUUCAAGUUCCUCCAUCGGCUCCGUUGCUGCACGCAAAGGCGGACAGCGCGACCAGUUUGCACCUGAGUUGGAACCACCCUGACGACGGGGGCAGUGCCAUCCGCAGCUACCAACUGAACUUCCGGCGCGAGGGUGGUGGGGACCAGAACGAAUGGGAGGACAGGGCCAUCGACCGGAGUCGCGAGCGCGAGUUCAUCCUGCGAGGGCUGAUGUGCGGUGCCGAGUACGCUCUUUACCUGAUUGCGACCAACAGGGUGGGCGACAGUUCGCCAAGCAGCACGGUCAGGGUGCGUACAGAGGGCGGCACGCCCAGGGCGCCCUCCAGGACGGACCUCUUUGCCAGCAGCAACAUGAGCGCCGUCAACGUGCACCUGGCCAAGUGGGACGCCAACAGCUGCGAGAUCAGGUCGUUCGCCAUCGAGUACCGUGAAAAGACGCAGGACGACUGGAUUAACGUUGGAAACGUGCCACACCUGCGGGAUUUUUACACGAUCACUGGCCUCUGGCCAGGCACGCAGUACAUCAUAAAAGUGGUGGCGACCAACAGUGCCGGUUCCACCACAUCUGAAUACACCGUUUCCACGCAGGCCGCACUUGGAGGAACGUUGAACCCGAGUUUGGUGAACGAGGAGGCGCAGACCCACGCGCCGUUCUACACGGACGUCAGCGCCAUAAUCAUGAUGCUGGUGUGCGUGGUUUUCGUGGUGCUGCUCUUCGGCAGCAUUUGCAUCUGCAUCAAGAAGCGCAACGCUGGGGAGCCGAUCUACGCCGAGGCGCAGCAACGGAACCGGUGCUCAAGUGAAGACGCUAACGACCCGCAGUCGCUCGUCGCCUUCCACAAUAAGCAAAACUUGGCCCAGCGCGAGCAGUACUACGCGGCCGUGCAGAAAGGCGCGCAGACGCCCGUCCGAGCCUCAAACAACCUCGACCGCAUCCCAGAAUACGCAGAGGACAUUUACCCGUACGCAACGUUCCACGUCGCGAAUGCACAGCCGCAGAACUCGCCAGCCAACUUCCAGACUUUCAUGUACCAGGACCAGCGCUACCCCUCCGGCCGAGAAGCCAUCCCACUGAAAUCGAACCCUGGCAUCAUUGACAACUACACGCAGCUAAGGCAGCAACACCGCAAGAGCAAGAGCUUCAGGUCGGAAAGCGAAGACUACGACAGCAUUGGCUCGGACUCGGACUCGGAGCAGCCCAGGAGCCGAACCAACGCCGCCCAGAGGAGAAGGGACAACGGUCAAAACAGGAGACACAAAUCAAACCCAGACACGUCGCCGGUUUCUGAAAGGCGGUCGUCGGGUCAGUCGCGGCGCCAACCAAAUGUCAGGUUGAGCGAAACUCGUCGUCCGUCGAGUGGAGGUGGUGGUCGGGGUGGUCGCGAAACGUCGUUUUCGGCGUUUCCGGAGCCGCCGAGCGGCUUCAACGACCUGCACGUGCCGCCGCCCGAGAUGAGCGAGGCCGAGUGCGACAUGGACACCCUGCGUCGGAUCAAAUUGCGCCAGCAGCACGACAACAAGAUGAGCAUCCCGCCGUCCGAAGCGCACCGCAACUUCACCAUCACCGUCUAGGAAAAAAAACCGCGACAAAAAUAAAAACUGCCAGACACCCUUAUCCAUUAUAAUUAUAUUGAUCUCUACUUAAAUGUGCUGUGAUGCGAAAAAAAAUAUAAAAAGAUGCAAAAUUCGCUCUGUGAGAAAAUGGGAAAAUCAAAUUUGCGCUGGAAAAAAAUCCUCUGAAUGUGCCAAAAAAAGUGUUUUUAUUUCUUCCUGUUGAAAUUGAAAAAGAAUUUAUUAUAAAUACUUCCGAUUAAUGAGCCAGUGCGGAAAAAAAUUGAGAGAGAACUGUGAUAGUGUGAAUAUUUGAGAACUUAUGGAAUAAUUCUGUGUGAACUUUUAGCAUACGCUGAUAUCGACCUUGACCUCUAAUUAUGGGUGUGUUUGUUUUUUAACUUGAGACCUUUUCAUGUACAUUCUACACACGCUUGCGUUGUUGUAUACUUGCUCAAGUGACAGAAAAUUUGAGAAUUUUGUGUAAAUAAAUAUUGAAAUACU